AUGGGAAGCGGAAUGCUCCUAUCGGCACAAUUCAUUGCUCUAAGCAUUUGGUCGCCCCAGGAGCAAAUGGCGAGUGCCACCGCAGUUUAUUAUCUUUCUCAGCAGAUUGGAUUGAUUAUCGGGACUAGUGUCAGUACCGCAGCUCUACAACGGCUCUUUGGGUAUCGCCUGGAGAUGAAUUUGGUUGAUAUUGUUGCGCCCGAGAAAACCAAGGUAAUUGCUAAGCUUCUCGAUGACUUUGGUUUCAUUUCAAAGCUCUCUGAGACUCUUCGGGUGGCGGUGGAAAUCAGCUUUAUCGAGGCAUAUCGAUUAAUCCCCGCUCUUUCCAUCGUACUCACUAUUAUUCUUGCGACUUUGGUCUCCUUUUCGAAGGAAAAGUCCAAUAUUUAG